AUGGAAGGUGGCUGGGACAAGGCGAUGUGGCUGUCUUGUGGUGGUGAAGGAGUUGCAGCCGUGCAGGCACUAAGGCGGGACUAUGGGAAUGGUGGCGGGCGUGAUCCUAGUGGAGGGUGGCAGGCGAUGGCAACCCAUGGUGCAAGGUUGCAGGUGACAGUCGACAUAGUCGGAUGGACAUACUGGCGCCGGGAUCAGGAGGGCGGGGAUGAUCAAGGAGGGAAAGACAAGUGGGAGGAUAGGACGCAAACCUCAACCGGCGAUGCGGACUCGCUCCUCGUCGAUAUCCUCUCCUCCGGCGAUGUGUACUCGGUCUCGCUCCUCCUCGACAUCCUCCUGUCCUCCUCCGGUGGCGAAGCAGAGGCGCUCCUCCUCGACAUCCUCUACUCCGGCGGUGAAGCGGCCACGCGGGCGCUCUCCUCCGUCGAGAUUCCCACCCUGUCCAGACCAAAUGCUGUGGAGGCUGUUUUGCUGGAAGAGUUUCGAACUUUUAAGGACAAGUCCAAGGCCAUUAAUAAAAGUACUGGUGUCAGCAAAAGGCUUACUGAUAUGAUCAUGAACUGUCGCUUCCCUGAACAGAAAAUUGCUGUUGGAAAGCUUGAAUAUAAAAGAAUUAUUGAAGAGAGAUUGGUCAAUGAGCAAAUUGCUGCGACAGCUUCUGCGUUGUUUCACUGUGAUUCUGUUGAGAAGAAAUAUUCUGGAGCCUUGCGCCGUGCAGGUGACCUCAUUAAGGAUGUCUCUGGCAUCAACUGCGAGGGUUGGACGUUACUGAAAAUUGCAACAGCUCUGAAGAUGAUAUGGUGGCCUGAAUUUGGCGACUCCUGUGAGGUUUCAGAAGAUGACGUGUCAAGAUGCAGUGUAGUUACCGUGAAAAUGGGGUCUCACUUUGUCGACGGUAGCUCGGAAGGCAGGGAAGGCUGGAAGGAUGUGGAGCGCCGCUUCGACGAGAUGAACAAGGCCGGGCGCAUCCCAAAGGAGAGCUUCGGCAAGUGCAUCGGCAUGGGAGACAUGGAGGAGUUCGUGGCGGAGCUGUUGGUGGCGAUGUCGAGGCGGUGGCAUAUCGAUCCAGAUGAGGGCGUCAACAAGGAUCAGCUCAAAGAGCUCUGGGAGGAGGUGACCAACCGCAAUUUCGACUCGCGCCUCCGCAUUUUCUUUGACAUAUGCGACAAGAACGGCGAUGGAAAGCUCACGGAAGACGAGGUCAAAGAGGCUAUUAUAUUGAGCGCGUCGGCGAACAAGCUGAAGAUCGACGCCGCCGCCUACGCGCCACUGGUCAUGGAAGAGCUCGACCCCGACCACCGUGGCUACAUCGAGAUGUCGCAGCUGGAGACGCUGUUGCGUGGGGCGGUGAGCGCGCGGGCGCCGGAGGACGAGGUGCAGUUGGAGAGGAGGUCACGGCUGGUCCGGUCGAUGACGGCCUGCGGGAACUGGAUGCACCUGAUAGUCCCUGUCCUCUUGUCUGCCUGCCAGGGAAUUAUCAGAAAGGUUCGCUGGAACAAUGAGCAGAUGAAAUUUCAAAAGGAAAUGUGCUUUGUCUUGGCAUGCAUAAGCCACGGGGUUUCAAGUACAAGUGGGAUGCACCUGUUUAUCAAAUGUAAUGAAGUCUCCACUUCUGAAUGGCAUCCCUUCCCCAUCACCUCUGCACCUGGAGAUGGCAAUCUAAACGUGCAUAUCCGCGCCGUUGGUAAUGGUGACUGGGCAUCUCAACUCCUGAACAUUUUCGCAAAGCCCACGGUCUUUAUUGACGGUCCUUAUGGUGCACCGGGCCAGAAUUACAAGAAAUACGAUAUUUUCUUGUUCAUCGGUCUUGGGUUCAGCGUCACUGCUUUUAUCAGCGUACUAAUAGAUAUCAUGAACAAUGUUUAUCCCACCGAUGAGGUGGAAAGCACACGUGGUUCUGAGGUCAAGAACAACUGGCCGGAAAGGGCUUACUUCUACUGGGUCACCGGAGAGCAAGAAUCCUUCGACUGGUUCAAAGGAAUCAUGAAUGACGUUGUCUACCUCGACCGCAGUAAUGUAAUAGAGAUGUACAAUUACCUCACCAGCGUGUAUGAAGAAGGCGAUCCAAGGUCAGCGAUGAUCUCCGUGCUUCAGUCACUCCAACACGCCAAAACUGGCGUUGAUGUCAUCUCUGGAAGCGAGAUUUGGACGCAUUUUGCAAGACCUAAUUGGAGAAUGGUGUUCUCUCGCUUGGCCAAUGCCCACAAGAACUCUCGUAUAGGUGUUUUCUAUUGUGGAACUCCAACGCUCAUGGAGCAACUCAAGGAUCUUUCGGCAGAAUUCAGCCAGACAACCACAACUAGAUUCCAUUUCCACAACGAGAGUUCAACCAUAAUUUAAAGCUUGAUGUACUGUUGUGGAUGAAUUUAUUUAUUUAUUGCGGGAAAUUGUUG